UGUCCCCAUCGUCCGACGUUUGUUCCGAUCGAACGCUUUUGCAGUCUUGUCACGGUCCGUUGAGUAAAUUCGAGAAGAGCCUCGAUCGUUUCUCUUUCUCCUGAUUUUUCUUUUUUAAACUUUCCGAUUCGUCGUCACGACACGUAAGAAAGCACGGUUAACACGGCAGUGUCGCGAAAGUGAGAAGAAAACGCGACUACAGAAUCUGGAGUACCGCCUUACUCGUUGCAGACGUCAUAAGGAGGCGAGACUCAAGCAUCCGGCUGCUUGUUGACCGAGCGUCUUCAAGCUGGAGCUGGCAAAGAGAGCUUUCGGCCUGAGGGGUACGAGGACCGAGACUACCUGGGAGCGCUUGAGGAGCACAUCCCCCGAGACUCCCCCAAUCAAAAUCACUCGCCUAACCUCUCCCCUGUCCUUGCCCUCCUCCGCGUCCUUUCCCUCCGCGAACGUCGAGAAGGUCUCCAAUCGAAGCCACAAGAUCCGCAAUCACGCAAUGGACGGCAUGGACAACAAACCGGUGUUAAAUGAUGAUCCCUCGGUCACCCUGACCAUUCGCUUGAUUAUGCAGGGCAAAGAAGUUGGUAGCAUUAUCGGAAAAAAAGGAGAGAUCGUCAAGAGGUUCCGUGAAGAAUCCGGCGCGAAAAUCAAUAUCUCCGACGGUUCCUGUCCGGAACGGAUAGUGACUGUCACUGGGCCGACGAACUCGAUCUUCAAGGCGUUCACGCUGAUAUGCAAGAAGUUUGAGGAGUGGUGCUCUCAGUUCCACGAUGUUCCGGGUAGCGGUGCCGGAGGUGGCGGUGGUGUAUCGAGGCCGCCCAUCACACUCAGACUGAUUGUUCCCGCUUCGCAAUGCGGCUCCCUGAUCGGCAAAGGUGGUUCUAAGAUCAAAGAAAUUCGGGAGGUUACUGGCGCCUCUAUUCAAGUCGCUUCCGAGAUGCUGCCUAAUUCGACGGAACGUGCAGUAACCAUAUCCGGUACCAGCGAGGCAAUCACGCAAUGCAUAUAUCAUAUUUGCUGCGUUAUGCUAGAGUCCCCUCCCAAAGGUGCCACGAUCCCUUAUCGCCCCAAACCCCAAGUCGGUGGGCCAGUGAUCCUGGCUGGUGGGCAAGCCUACACCAUCCAGGGUAAUUACGCGGUGCCCGCCCACUCGGACGUAAGUACAGUAUUACCAUUGCCCGCGCCCGCUGCCGGGCCCACCCCGCCCUCGCUGAGUACCCAAACUUUGACGACCUCGCCCUUCGCGGCCCACCCCUCAUCCUCGGCCUUCGCCGCUUCUCACGGGCACCCGCUCCUAUCCACGGCCCAUCUUACAACCCCACAUCAUCCUCUCCACCCAAGCCCCUUACACGCCAGCGUGGCAGGCCUCGCCGACCCCCUGCUGAAGAGUGGACACUUGCAGGCAGCCCUCCCGCCCGCACACCUCGUGGCAGAUGCCAUGGGCAAACUGGGCAGCAAUCCUUUGGCUGGACUAGCAGCCUUAGGCCUUGGAGGUCUUGCCACACCGGCAAAUACUGGUGGUCUUAAUCCAGCAGCGUUAGCUGCAUUGGCUGGAAGCCAGCUGCGUACGAACAACACGAACAGGCAGCAACCGGCGGCGAACAAUCAGACGCAUGAGAUGACCGUGCCAAAUGAGCUGAUCGGUUGCAUCAUUGGGAAGGGCGGUACUAAGAUCGCCGAGAUCCGUCAGAUCUCCGGCGCCAUGAUCCGAAUCAGCAACUGUGAGGAGAGGGAGGGCGGAGCAACGGACCGCACGAUCACCAUAACCGGGAACCCGGACGCCGUAGCGUUGGCACAAUAUCUCAUCAACAUGAGUGUCGAACUGCAGAAAGCUAACCUAGAGGCCCAUAAUACCCAAACCCCUGGCAGCGGUACCACUCCCGGAGCAUCCGGGGCCAGUGCUUCCCCCUCUACCACCACUACCACUGCCUCUCCCUUGGCCAGCGCCAUCCCCUUGGCUCAGCUGCUAAGCAAGCCAGGCGCCCUCAACGCCCUAUCUAGCCUCACCGCCCUCGGCGGACUCACGGAAUUGCUAGGUGGUGCUGCUGGCGCAGCUGCAUCCGCGCUACCGGUCCAGACUACCGGCGUGCACCGAUCGCACAAGACCUUUACGCCGAGGCUCCGUAGCCCGGGCGCACCAGGCCCGACCGACAGCGGCAAGUUCAAGUCCGAGCGUACCAAGUAUAAUCCGUACUGAAUGAACGGACAAGCAGCAGGAUGAUAAUGAUGUUACAGGGGGAACACUACACAUAAAUACAAAUCUACUACAUACUUUUAGCGUACACUUGUGUAAUACACCGAAAAAAAAGUGCGUACGGACGCCAGGGUAGCGAGUACGAAGACUUGGCGAAGGAUUGAUUCGUCGUUUUGUGUUAUUAAAUGAUUGUUCAGAUGGGAGCGUGAGUACCAUUGUCUAAAUGGGUAGUGAAAGGAAUUGUAUGAAGCCGAGGAAGAAGAUGAUUCUCAAUCACCUCUCGAUCACGAAAGAUUACCAUCGAUCGACGAUUUUGGAAACUGAUUUUGGAAAGAAGGAAUCUUUCUCUAGAAAAAUGAAAUACUUUUUAAUCAUUUUUCUGGAGAUAAUAAUGCUCCGCUUGCCCAUAUUAGCUUACUUCCUCCUAAGAAAUCACUGUACGGAAACAUUUUGUAGGAUUUUUAUUUGUUUUUGAUGUAUUAUUUUUAGCUGAGGAAAAAGAAAAGGCAGAUUGGAGCGUUUGGAAUAUUUUGUGUUAUUAAACCCGAUUAUGAUCCGAUGCUAAGUCUUAGAAACACACCAUAUACUAUCGUGACACGCCCUCCGAGAUCGGGAUGUUCGACGCUAUCGUGUAAAGACUGAUUGUGUAAUGUAAUGAAGCUGCGGAAUUCAUUAAUGAUAAAUUCUUUUGAAGUCCUUUACAAUGAUGAACAUGUAGUUUUUCUUGUAACGUUUCAUUUUCUACGAGCGAUUUCUGAUAGGCUCGGAGGACGCGAUCGCUCAUGCACCGUCGCAAG